UUCGUCCGUGCCGCGUCGAGUCUGCAUCUUGUUUGUAUUGUAUUAACUGUUUAGCGACUAGCGACUAAAGCCCUAUAAUGUGGUCAAUUGUUAAUUUUGCUAAAGAUAAUUCAGUUAGUGCAGUCCCAAGUCAUUGGUGGAAAAAUGGAUAUUGUGCCUGGCCGAAAAGUUCCGUUAAACAUCCAUUAUUGUUACUUCAAAGAAGAGCAAUUCCAAAUAAAUUUGAUUAUGAUUUUUUUGAAGCAAGAAUAAUGCAUACUAAAAACCCUAUUAAGUCCUACAUUGAUGCUAAAGAAAGAGCAAGGAAAGCCCAAUUUACAUCAGAAUUAUCUUCAGCUGAUGAAAGUCAGACUAACAGACGUUCCAAUAAAUAUAAUAAUAGAUCUAUUAGCCCUCCAGUUUUCUCAGAUACUAAUGAUGAAAAUAAAAAUAAAAAUCUUGAAAAAAAUCAUUAUAAUAGCCAACCAGAGUCAAUCAAAAGUAAAAAAAACAAAUCUAUCAAGUUUAAUAGUCAAGUUUUAUCAGAUACUGCUGAUGAUAAUAAAAAUAAAAGUCUCAAAGAAAACCAUUCUAAUAUCCAACCAGAGUCAAUUGAAAGUAAAAAAAAUAAACCCAUCAAGUUUAAUAGUCAAGUUUUAUCAGAUCAUGAAAAUAUGCAUAACUGCAGUCAUUCUAAGAGCCAGCCACAAAUAGAAUCUGGUAAUCUAGUUUUGUCAGACAAUAGUGAUGAAAUAAUGGAUAACGAAGACGACAGUGACAUUGAUAAAACAUAUGAGCCUCCUAAUCAUAAUAGAAAUGAAAUGAAUAAUCAUUUUGAAAUAAUCCAAAGUCCAGUUGGUUCUUGGAAGGUGCAUUCGGUUUCAUAUGAAGAAACUGAUGAUCAAAAUUUAAAUGACCAAUGUUUUGAUAAUUUAUUUCAAAGUUCAACAAAAUCUGAUGAUAUAUUGGAAAUGGAAUCUUCAAAUCUAAAUAAUGAUACUGAGUUUGUAAAUUUUGUCAAAUCGUCACUAACCAAUCUUAAAUAUGAUUUAAAACUCCUUUCUUAUUCAAUUGAUUCUUUAAAAACAAUAAUACAAAGCAUUGAAGUCAAUACCUCACACAUUUCUUCUAUUAAUUCAGAACAUAAUAAUGUUAUGGAUAUUCAAGAGUUGAUAUGGCCUAUAUCAAAUCCAACGCAAUUAGAUGUUAAUGAACAACUGUUAACAGACACUAACAUAAAAAAAAAUGAAGUAAGACUGUUGGCAAGAUUAGUGGGGAAAAGUCUACCAGAAUCAGCUCGGCGAAUGAUGUCAAAGAUGUUUGAAGAUUCCUUUCUUCAGCAAUAUUAUUUUUUAGGUUUUAAAGGAAAAUCAAAAUUCUACGGGUUAAACUCUUGUCAAUUACUCUUUGAUGCUUUAAGAAGUGAUAAGAAGUUCAUUGCAACACCAGACCAUGAAAUAUUCACUGUAACAGGCAACUAAUAGGGUUACGAAAAAAAAAACAACUUGCCAAC